CCAGUGAUCUGGUCCUCAAAUCUUACACAUAAAUCAUUGAUUGUACAUUAAAGAAAAUGAUUGAGAACCAGUUAAUACAUCAUGGGAACUUAUGCACACCUCGGGAGUGUUUCUCUGGUUUUCUUGUUCAUAAUUUGCGCAAUAAUUUCCAACAGGAGUGCUAGCGGAGCAUCGUUGAUAUUCGAAUUGCCUGACAAAGAAAACUAUUGUUUUUCUGAGGACUUUGAUGGAGUAACGGUAGGAAAACGGUUUAAAUUUCAAUAUAAAGUUAUACGAGGAGGAAAUAAUGACGUGGAUGUUAAAGUUAUCUCCCCUAAUGGAUUAGUUUUGUUCCGAGAAUCUAAGAAUCAUGAGGGGGAAUUCAUCUUUGACGCGUCAAGAGGAGAAUUCAGAUUCUGCUUUGGAAACGAGUUUUCAACUUUUACUCAUAAAAUUGUGUACUUUGAGUUGAGAAACCUGGAGAUUUCUAACCUUGCUGUAGAAGCUGGAGACAAAAUCCCCACCGUGAAAACUUCGGCUGAAGCUUCUUGUGACGUCAUUCACGAGCGGAUGUCGUCUGUAGUCAACUAUCAACGAGACUAUCGUUUGAAGGAAGCCAUGGGGCGCCAUGUAGCAGAAAAUAUUAAUAAAGGCAUCACGUGGUGGUCUGUGGGACAAACGUUUUUCAUAUUACUAGCCGGCGUGGGGCAAGUUCUCCUGCUCAAGACUUUCUUUACAGAAAAAUCACCAAUAAAACAAGACGCUUAAUCACAAACAGACGUACUUAUGUAAUGACUACUUAAAUUGAUUUCAAAUUUUUAUACUACAUCAGUACAUCAUUAUUGCUUAAUUAUCAUGA